AUGCGCCUCAGGAGGCUACCACUCCUCGAACUUCCGUUCGAACUCGUCGGUGCUCGACUGCUGUGCGGUCGGGAAGGCGAUCAUCGUGCUGAGGCAGUGGGUGGCGACGGAGGCGGUGGUGGCGGUGCCGGCGCCGGCGGCGGAGGUGGCACUGGCCGGAGUGUUGAGGUCGUCGUUGAAGCCGGCUGCUGGGUGCGGCAAGACGGACUGGCAGACAGGAGGAAGAGGCGGUGCAGCGGCGAGCAGGCAGCUGCGACGACGACCGACGAAGACGAAGACGAAGACGAAGACGAAGAACAAGAAGGAAACCGAAAGUGA